AUGGUCCGGACUUUACUUCUAGGCCUGCUUUCUUUUCAGUUUCAGUUACCCUUUGUUUUCCCGGCAAGAAACAGUUCUCUAAAGUGCCUGCAGGACAUGGAGGUCUUCCUUUCUGACCUGAACUCAAAGGAACCCAAAGAAUACGCUCUAAGAAUGUAUGACGCCAUUGGCAAACUAGGCAGCAACGUUCUUAAUGGGAAUGUGGACAGACUGGGGUCUUACAGUGAGUGCCUCUCCACCCAGGCUCCCAUGAGAGGCUUCCAAGGGCAUUACUGCAAGCUUCACAUACUGCAGGAUGGAGCUGACUACAGCGUUGGCAUGUGUGUCCCUGACUCCUGUGCCGAAGAGGAUGUAACUCUGAUAGCCCAGCUGGAUAUUUUAAGAUUCAGAAACGUCUCAUUUUUGGCACCGCCUCUGUCUCUCUUCAUGAGAAAUUCUUCCUCCUCAUCUGGACGGGUUGUGGCCAGAUGCGCUGCUGGAAUGUUUCCCCUCGACGCGUUUGCUGCCGUGUGUCUGUUUGUCACCUUGCUGGGCCUUGUCUUGCCGCUGGCUGGCACUGUCUACGUGGCAGCUGUGGGGGGCACAUCAGAUCACAGGACACCACCAGCACUUGGGGCACUGUCGGUCAGUUACGGAACUCUGCCAUUAGGAGCGAUGGAGAGAAAGGAAAAGAGGCAACGAUGGAUGGAUUGCCUAGCCCGUUUGUCCCUGUUUGCAGCCUUGAGUGGAACACAAAGGUUCUUGAGUGCCGUGGACCAGACCCUGAGAUGUUGUUCUUGGCAGAAGAACAUGCCUGCCAUCUGGACUACAAAGACCCCAGCAAGCUCCUACCCCACACUGGAUGGUAUCCGAGUCUUGAGUCUUCUCUGGAUUAUUUCUGGACACACCAGCCAGAUGACCGCCUGGCUGUCUUUGGAUAAUGUGCUUGAGUGGAAAGACAGAACGCUGAAAAAUCCUCUGUACCUUUAUUCUCGGAGUGGUCCCUACUAUCUUGGGGUUGAUACAUUUUUUUUGAUCAGUGGUUGGCUAAGUGCGAGGUCAUUUUUAAAGAUGCAUCAGAAUUCAGACAGAGGAGCAACCCCUAAACUCAUACUCAGAUACUUUUUCAGUCGCCUGAUAAGGCUGCAGCCUCUGCAUUUGUAUUCUGUGUGCUUGCUGGGCGGACUCUUCCCCCUUGUCCCCUGGGGCCCCAUCUGGGAGGUGGCCAAGCUCCACUUGGACAAUUGUCGGCGAACCUGGUGGACCAACCUGCUACUGCUCAACAACCUCCUCUCGGUUCAGGACGGGUGCAAUGGCUGGACAUGGUACCUUGCCAAUGACUUCCAGUUCCAUCUCCUAACACCAGCCAUUGUCCUCAUCUACAAGAAAAGUAAACUUGCCCUCUUACUCCUCGGAAUCACACUGUUCUUGGCGACGUUCACCACCACGGCUCUGCUCACACUGGUUUACCAGCUUCCGGUUGCAGCGCCAUCAGAAGCCAGUGAAACUGUGAUGGUGCUGUAUUUCCUGAAGUAUUAUACCAAGCCCUACUGUCGAUUUGGACCAUUCCUCUUGGGCCUUCUUUUGAGUAUUUUCAUGUACCAAAACCAGCAGACGAAUAUUCUGAAGACCCAGGUGCAGGUUCUGCUGGGGUGGACUUCUGCCCUGUUGGCCCUCUUCACAGUAGUCGCGCUGGCCUAUGUGGUGGACGACGCCUCUGACAGGACUUCAGCUGCUGCCGCAGCCUACCAAGCACUGCACCGGACAUUAUGGGCAGCGGCCGUGGGCUGGCUCAUCUUGGCGUGUCAGGAGGGCCAUGGAGGUCUGGUCCAGCGGGUGCUGUCCUGGGGUGUGUGGUCCUUCCUGGCCCGUAUUAGUUACGCUUGCUACCUGGUACAUCCGAUUCUCAUUCUCCUCUACAAUGGGCUUCAGGAAACCCUCAUUCACUACUCAGAGAUCAACAUGUUCUAUCUCUUCUUUGGACACUGCUUACUGACCUUCCUCACUGGGCUGGCUCUGACGCUGUUCAUUGAGAAACCAUGUCAGGAACUGAAGCAGUGCCUCUUGGGACCAGGGCCUUCAGGGCCGUGA